CGGCACUUGUUUUCUCCUUCACCAAAUUGGAGUUGAGAUUCAAGUUUUUUUUAUUGCAAACAAGAGCGGAAAUGGCUACUUGUCAAGCAAAGUCUAUUUGUGCUCCCAUGAUAUCCGUCCUCCCUCGCCGCCCGAUGAUGGUUGCUGUCGUCAAGCAGUAUUAUGGUCGACAGAUGUUCAGGCGAACUCUGCAGGUCCGAUCAUGCAGUGCCACUAGUCAUGUAGCUGCCUUGAGGCGGUCGGGGAAUUAUCAUCCAAAUAUAUGGACGGACGAGCAUGUGCAAUCUCUCUCGGGCACCUCCACGGUGCAACAAGAAGAGAAACGCGAGAGAAUAAACGUACUGAAGGAACAGACCAGGAAUCUAAUACGCGAGAAGCAGCGAGUUGCAGAGCAGCUUCAACUGAUCGACCACCUGCAACAGCUCGGCGUGGCUUACCACUUCAAAGACGAGAUUGCAGACGUUUUAAGUCGUCUUCAUGCUUCUUUAGACCACGUGAGCUCGGAGCUCAAGGACGAUCUGCAUGCCACAUCGCUGCUCUUCAGGCUCCUCAGAGCAAAUGGCCUCUCUGUUUCACAAGAUUUGUUCGAGAGAUUUAGAGACGAGAAGGAAAACUUCGAAGCUCGCUGUGAGAACCAGAUCAGAGGACUUCUGAGUCUGUACGAAGCUUCCUACCUCGAGAAGGAAGGAGAGACUUUGCUGAAGGAAGCCAUGGAUUUCGCAACAGAGCAGCUGAAAGGAUUCAUGGAGGAGGGAUCUGUUCCCGAGGCUGGCGGUCUCAGAGAACAGGUGGCUCAUGCGCUGCAGCUUCCACUGAAUUGGCGGUUGGAGAGAGUGCAGCACAGGUGGUUCAUAGAAGCAUGCAGCAGUGGCGACGACACCGUCAACCCUCUCCUUCUGGAGUUUGCUAAGCUCGACUUCAAUCUGGUUCAGGACAUGUACAAGAGUGAACUCAAAGAGCUCUCCACAUGGUGGUCAGGGCUCGGGCUUUCAGAGAAGCUGCCAUUUUUCAGAGACAGAUUAACUGAGAACUAUCUGUGGGCACUUGGUUUGACUUAUGAACCAGAUAACUUGAGAUGUAGAAUCAUCGAAACAAAGGCAAUCUGUUUUAUUACAUUGAUCGAUGAUAUUUACGAUGUCUAUGGAACCUUGGAUGAACUCCAGCUCUUCACUGAUGCCGUCGACAGAUGGGACUUAACUGCCAUGGGCAAGCUUCCAGAGUACAUGAAACUAAGUUUCUUUGCACUCUUCAACAUGGUGCACGAAGAAGGCUACCGGGUGAUGAAGGAGACAGGCCUGGACGUUGUGCCUGGUUUAAAGAGAAGAUGGGGAGAUCAAUGCAAAUCAUACUUUGAGGAAGCAAAAUGGUUCCACCAUGGCCAAACCCCCAUUCUCAAGGAGUACUUGGAGAAUGCAUGGGUAACCGUAUCAGGUCCAGUCCUCCUUUUUAAUGCUUACUGUGUGGGCAAAGACUUAACUGAAGAGGCCUUGAAAAGUUUUCCCAGUUAUCACGAGAUCACACGCUCCGCCAGCACACUUGCUCGUCUUUACGAUGAUAUGGGUACUUCCACGGAUGAGCUAGAAAGAGGCGACGUGCCAAAAUAUGUUCAAUGCUACAUGCACGAGAAAGGUGUCUCAGAGGAAGUGGCACGUAGGGAGAUAAGAGAAUUGAUGAGGAAAUAUUGGAGAGAAUUGAAUGCAUCUCUUAGUUGGGAUUCUCCAUUAGAGGAGUACGUCAAGAAUGUAAUAAUCAAUAGCUCUCGGAUAUCGCAGUUCUUUUAUCAGGAUGGGGAUGGAUAUGGCAAGUCUGAUGGAGAAACCAAGUCUCAAAUUAUUUCGUUGUUAUUCGAACCUAUCCAAAUCUAGAAGGAAUGCACACGUUGUUGUAGACGGAGGAUGGAUCCCGCCUUAUUAAAAUUUGUAUUUGCCUAUCUAUAUAUAAAGUUUUGUCCAAUUAAUAAAUGAAAAGUUUAUUAUAUUGGCAUAAAUAUA